AUGGACCACGACAACCCUACGUCUUCAAGCAUUGCGACCCUAGUGUCCAAGAUCAGUUCAAUUGCAACCGAUCACCCCGAUGGCAUCGAAACGGAGCCCCAGGCACGAGCAGCGCUCCUCCAAGCAUCUCGAGCACUCGUUGCAUCAUUGGAAGAACCCUAUGUCACUGUAGAGGACUUGGCUUUUGGACCAUAUCGCCUGGCCGCAGUACAACUGGCUGUCGAUAUAGGGUUGUUCGAAAAGCUCACUGAUGCAGAAGGACCUUUGACGCUUCGACAAUUGGCUGCAAUGUGCGAGGUUGAAGAGACGCUCCUGAAGCACAUCGCAAUCGUGCUAGUCGCUCAGAACUUCAUCGCUGAAGACGAAAUACUCGACCUUGGUUCUGGACAGCAUGCGUAUACAGCGACUUCACUAGCAAAACACAUGACUAAGCCCAAUGUGCAGGCAGGAGUCAGAUAUCAGUAAGACUAUCACGUUCCCUUUUGCAACGUACUCCUGCAUCGAAAGAUCGAUACCAUCCUGAAAACACGCGUAGACUGCAGUCACAGCGGGUCGAGACGAUGAUGGCGUCCGCAGACAUAUCAUGACCAGGCGAGGAAAUUCUGCAAGGGCUUCGCGAUACUGACGCCGGACAGCUUGGAGAUGAGCAGCCCGAUAGUGGCACGCGCGUCAGCUUUCUUUCGCCAGAACGACUAUCGCCUGCCACGAAGCAUGACUGCCGGCCUCUUCAAUUAUGCGCUGGACACGAAAGAGGACAGUUUCGCCUAUUGGGGCAAACGGCCUGAGGCAUCCAAUGUUCUCAAUACAUUUUUUCAGGGCUAUUUUGAGCGUCCGAACGUCACACCGCUUCAAUGGUUUCCAUACGAUCAAGUCAUCUUCAACGACUUCGACUCGUGCAAAUCCGGCUCGGAGUACAUGUAUGUCGAUGUUGGGGGCGGGAAAGGUCUACCCAUAUCAAGACUGCUCCAAAAAUACCCUUUCGCAGCAGAUAAGGGCAAAUUUGCUCUCGAAGAUCUCCCCCAAGCCAUCAACCAAAUUGGGAGAGGCUCGCUGGAUUCUCGAAUUGAAUGUGUGGCGCACGACUUUUUCACACCUCAGCCAAUCCGCGGAGCGAGAGCGUACUUUCUAGAGAACAUUCUGCAUAAUUGGACCGAUGACUCUUGUCGUCAGAUUCUGGGACACAUCAGGGAUGCCAUGACGCCUGAAUAUAGCAAGCUCAUGGUGUCGGCCAAGAUACUUCCUAACAAGGAAGUACCGCAAUUCUCGGCGCAAUUGGACUUUUACUUGCUGUUGAUUCACAAUAGCCGUACCAGGAACAAAAGCGAAUGGCUAGAUUUGAUUGGUAGUGUUCAUGGGCUUGACGUUGUGAAGGUGUGGUCAACGCCAGACGUGGUAGAAGGGAAUGGCGUCCUCGAGGUUGAGAGGACUGUGGAUCGAAUUUCCUUAAUACUGUAG